AUGUCAGACCGAAACGGGACCCCGCUCCCCGUCAUCAUCGUCGGCGCCGGCGUCAGCGGCCUGCUGCUGGCCCAGCACCUGCGCAAGACCAACGUGCCCUUCCGCCUCUACGAACGCGACGCCGACUUCACCACGCGCGGCGUCGGCUGGGGCCUGACGCUGCACUGGUCGCUGCCGGCGCUGCGGUCCCUGCUGCCGGAAGACCUCGUCGCGCGGCUGCCGGACGCGUACGUCGACCGCGCCGCCGUCGCGCGGGGCGAGGCCUCGGCGUUCCCCUUCUUUGACCUCAGCACCGGCGAGCUGAAGGGCGCCGGCCCGCGGGCGCCCGAAAGCCUGCGGAUCAGGGUGACGCGGGAGAGGCUGCGGCGGUUGCUUGCGACGGGUGUGGACAUUCAGUGGGAGAAGAGCUUCGCCAAGGUCGAGGAGAAGCAGGAUUCAGUCGUCGUCUCAUUCAGCGACGGCUCGUCGGUGGCCGGCCGAGUGCUCGUGGCAUGCGACGGGAGCCAGUCUCGAGUCCGGCGGCAGAUGUUCCCGGACCAGUACGAGGGACACCGGAUCCCGGUCCGGCUGCUCGGCCUCAAGUUGCUCCUGUCGCCGGAUCAAAUAGCGCCGAUUCAGGAGCUGGACCCUUUCUUCUUGCAAGGGACAUCGUCUCGCGAUGAUACGUUUGUCUAUCUCAGCAUUCUCGACGCCCCCGGCAACAACGACGAGAGCACGGGGGAGUACAGCUGCCAGAUGUGCAUCUCGUGGCCGGACCGCCCGGGGUUCCUGGGCAAGGCAGCGCCGAUAGGCUACCCGCAGACGAACGACGGCAAGAUCGAGCUCAUCAGGUCGUUCGCCGAGGGAUGGUCGGAGCCAUUUCGUGGACUCGCGCUUGGUAUUCCCGCCGGUACGGAUGUGAAGCACCUCGACCUCUACGACUACGCGCCGCCCAAGGGACUGAGGUCCAAGGGGAGGGCGGUGUUGAUGGGUGACGCCCUUCACGCUAUGGCGAUGUACCGAGGUGAGGGCGCGAACCACGCCAUCAUCGACGUGCAGGACUUCGCCGAGACGGUGGCGCCCGCUUUGGACGCGGGCUUCGCGGAGCUGCGGGCCGCCAUGGACGUCUACGAGGACCGCGUCGUCGCACGCGCCCGGCCCGGCGUGCUGGCUUCGCGCCGGGCCUGCUUGGACGCGCACGACUGGCCCAGGAUCGGCCCCGCGAGCCCCUUACUGAGCAAGCGGGAGAUGAUGCUUCAGUUUGAUGAGGAGUAGUAUAGUAGGCUAUGUGAGAUGCCAGGGACAGACGGGAUUGAUCGUUGAUUUACGAAGACUGGGAGACGCAACUAGAGACGAACCGAACCCCCUCUUGAGAAUGGGGAUCAGCGUCGUGUUGUGGGAUGUAUGGGGUGAUUUUCAUGGUUAUUGACACGUAAUUGUGCCCCCUUGCGCAGUGGAGAGUGAUCCACACGAGUCAGUGCUUCUAGAAACCGGGUUCCUCUCGGAUCCUUUCCUUUGAUCCCGAUCGGUGGUAUCGUCCGCCGUGUCUUUAAGCGAUCGAAUGUUCUGCAAUGGGAAGUGAUCGCUGUGAAAUCUAGCUAUUGCUUUCGAGACACCCCCAACGCCUUAUCUUUCAUCUAUCAAGUCUAAAGUCCUCUUUCGUUUCCUCAGACAUUUAUCAUGUACAAGACUUCAGGAACUCUGCUACUCAUGUGACGUUGAUGCAGAUGUACGCCUCUCAAAGGCCCGAAUCCCGUGAAUCCCUCUUCCGCGGCCCCGUCAUGUCGGACUUGCCCGACUUGGCCUCGGCCCCGUCGUCGACCUGGACGCUGUACGUGACGGACUUCAUGAUGUUCCCCGGCAGGAUGUUCUCCUCGCUGCCGUUGCCGGUCUUGCUGUGGUUGGCCGAGGCGAAGACGCUCUUGUCGUGGUUCAUCUCGCUGAGCUUGUAGCGCUCGGCGCCCUUGAGGUGGCUGCGGCCGUGCGAAGAGCCGCCCGAGUACUUGGAGCGGUAGUUCUUGGCCUUCUUCAUGAAGACGGGCGCCAAGAACGGCAGAGACGAGACGAUGUUCCCCACGUUGAACUCAAUGGUUCCCCACAGCACCAGCAUCGUCGAGUUGCCGUCGCCGUACUGGAUGCGGUUAAUCUCGAGGUAGCGCAGGAUGGAGCACAGCGUGGUGAAGAGGCCGAGCAGGAAGAUGGCGAUGAGGCCGGCCUUCUUCUCGACGCGGACAUUGAGCCGCAGCAGCACCGGGAUCGGCAGCACCGCCACGACGAUGUCGGACACGAUGGUGACGACGGCGUACACCGUGAAGGACGGGCCGGGAGGCAGGCAGGUGCCGUCCUUGAGCGGGUUCCACGACUUGUCGACGGGCGUGCAGGCGAAGACGAGGGAGAAGGAGCAGGCCAGGUGGGCGAGGAAGACGAGGACGAUGGUGGUCCAGACGACGCGGCGAAGCUGAUGCCGAGUUGGUAGAACGGCCGGCCGGCGAAGUUGAUGCGGGUGUACGUGACGAGGUUCGCCCUUGGCCGCAGCUUGACCGGCAGGCCGAGACCGUAUCUCGUUUCUAGACAGGGGGCAUGGGAAAUCAGAGGGCUGCGUUGAUGAUGUUUGGGGAAAGGGGAAGGAAAGGGGGGGGGGGGGGUUGAGGCAAUGCGGAUGUGUGUGUAAAUAACUCACGGGCGAUGGUGAGGCCGGAGUAGAUGAGGGCAAAGGCCAUGGACAGCGCAGACAUCCAGUCGUCGGCGGCCAGGCCUCUGGCCGUGUGGCGGAUCCAGAGACGAGAACAGACGACGGCGACGGACAGGAAGGAGAGGACGCAGGCGAUGGCGAUGAUGGUCUCCCACUGCGAGAUGGCCUCGACCUCGGGCGUGGCGUUGAGGACCCAGCCCAUGGUGGCGGCUGCUGCAGUUGUCUCGUCGGACCAACCCCCGGACAUGCAAUACUAGGACGUUGAAACCGCGUCUUCUUUUCUCCUUUUCUCCUUCUCUCCCUUUUUAUUGUCGCGUCGCCGUAUUGCGAGACUGUGGCUUGCCGACGGGAAGAAUCACGACCAAAACGCCCUUCUCCAAGACAGCUCGAGAGUGAGACGAACGAGGUUCGUAAGGGGUGGUUUGCUGAAGAACCAGGAGAAGCUAGUGGAGUAGGCUGUCGGCCGAUGAAAACAGAGACAACAAAAAGGAAAGAAAAACAAGCCCGCAGGCAGCGGAAGGCAAAGGGGAGUUGGGACUUCUGGGACCGACGGGGAUGACUGCUUCUCGAAUGUCCGCAGUUCAGGGAAGGGGGAACACCUCCCGACUUUAUCACGCAUUGAGAACCGUCAUACGCAACCAAAAUAUCCACAGGGGAUCGAGAGAUUGAUGAGCCCAGAGCCGGUCGCAGCUGUGCAGCCCCAGGCAGUUUGGGAGGAGAGCUGGCCGCAUGCCGCCUGGUCGAAACCCCUACCAUAUAUGAGAGGGCGGGUAAUAGAGUUGGGGGAUGCUUUACCAGUCCGCCGUCGACCAUCUUAAACGCCGCAAGGAUGGGCCACGUCGGGAGCCAGAUUUGAUAUGGUUUGGGGGCCUUUGAGAGCUCGGUGCUGGCAUACGAUGUAAUGUCCUGGGUAAAUAUCUGCAUGGUCCAAUGGAAGGGCUCUCUCUAGCAAGGGCCAUCGAGGUUCAUAAUGGAUCGACUCCGAGCGUGUGGAUUGCACCUCUGGGGUCGUUAUUCGAGAAGGUCACAUUGGGGGAUAGAACAGAGAGGAGUGAAGGGGACUCGGCGUGAAAUGCUCCUGGCAGCAAGUUGCGUGCUUGGGAGACAGAUCAUCGAGGGCCGUUCCAUUAUUCCCCCUUCUUCGUCUCGGUCUGGUUCCUUAACACAUUCCCGCGGCUACAACCCGGUCUUUCACGAC